AUCGGCUAAAACGGAUAUCAAAACACCCCGAAAACAAGCAGCGGAAAUUUGCUGGUCGACAGGGUGAACGUGAUGAUGAUGAUGGACGUCCUUGAAGCUCGUACUGUUAUGGGUAUGUGUAUGGCUGCCUAUAACCCGACUACUCUUCGCUCAGCUCCUUCUUUCUGGUGCACGAACCAUAGAACCAAACCGAGUGCUGCCUUUAUCGUUUCUUCUUCUUUACGGGCAGAAGGUCGAACAGCUGGUGGGUUGUUGUUGCAAAAGCAUGACCGAAACUGCGAAGUAAAGAGAGAUGACGAUAACGAUGAUAGCAUCAUGAAAAAGACGAAGAAGAAAAGGAUUUUCUUUUUGGAUGUGAACCCAAUCUGUUAUGAUGGCAGCACUCCAAGUCUACACUCUUUUGCUCACUGGAUUUCCCUUUUCUUCUCCCAAGUCAGCCUUACAGACCCUGUCAUUGCCGGAAAAAGAGCUAGGUUAUUUUUCAAGUAUAAUCUAUUUUGGAUCUUUAAGGUUGUUGAUGGAGAAGGAGCUCAUGAGUAUAGAAGACAAAUGUUGCCUUCAUAUAAAGCCCACAGAAGAAAAUUCUCACCAUGGGUAUCUAGUUCUCGGAUAUCAGCGAAGGUUCCAGUAAGGAGAUCACAUCAACUCAUUUCAGAUACUCUUACGAAAUGUAAUGUGCCGGUUGUGAAAAUUCCCGCUCAUGAAGCAGAUGAUGUUGUUGCUACACUCGUUGAACAAGUUCUAGAAAAGGGAUAUCGAGUUGUGAUUGCUUCUCCUGACAAAGAUUUCAAGCAACUGAUAUGUCAAGAUGUGCAGCUAGUCAUGCCUCUUCCAGAAUUAAGAAGAUGGUCCUUUUAUACCUUGGAGCAUUACAUAGCUCAAUACAAGUGUCAUCCACUGUCUGAUUUAAGUCUCAGAUGCAUAGUGGGUGAUGAAGCCGAUGGUGUUCCUGGAAUUCAGCAUCUGGUACCUGGUUUUGGCAUGAAGACUGCUCUGAAACUUUUAAAGAAGCAUGGUUCGUUAGAGAAUCUACUUAAUGCUGCAGCUGUAAGAACUGUGGGCAAACCUUAUGUCCAAGAUGCUCUUACAAAGCAUGCUAGCUACUUCCGAAGGAAUUAUGAGGUUCUUUCCUUGAGGAGGGAUGUUAACAUUAGGCUACAAGAAAACUGGUUGCAUGAGAGACGCAUGGAGAACGAUUUGGAAACUCUAUCGAACUUUCUUGAUUUGUUGCGAAGAACCAAUAAUUCCGAAUGGUAAAAGAGAGCUUGUUUGAGCUUCCAACAGUGAGUUAUAUUUAGUAGAGGAAAAAUAGAAAAAACUAUUCCUUAAUUGUUUUAUUAAAAAGGUGAAUGUAUUGAUUGAACCAAUCUUCAACCUUAUGGUUGAAGAUAAAGAAUCUUGUAAAAUAAUGACAAUAACAGAGAAAUGAGAUUCUACUAUCCAUGGGAAACUUCCACAUGAAAGAUGAACUAAACCAUAAAAGAAGAAAACAUGUAGCAA